CAUCAAUUAUGCUAUUUGUAAUCUAGUCUUAUAUCCAUAAAUUAUUUAUAAUUAAUCACUCCAACCCAACAAUAUUUUACCAAAUCUUUCCUUUUCCUAGACUUGAAACCCUAGACCACCCCCCUUCUCAAAUUCCCAUAACCAUAGCAAAAGAAACAUGAUGAAGAAGAUGAUCAAGCACCCAAACAACAACCCUAAUCUGGAAGAAGAAGAGAGAGAUUGGUCUCACAUACCAGGCCAAUUCUUAUGGGGAGUGAUGAACUACCUGCCACCAUUUGAUGCCAUGAGAAUUUCUUAUGUGUGCAAUUCUUGGAAAUCCAUCAUCAAACCUGAACCCAACAAAAUCACAAUCCCUUGGGUUUUAUGCAAUCCUUCCUCUUCCAUCUCCACUGACAGAAUAUUCAUAGACUUAUCAACCAAUGCAAUCUCUAGAGUCAAAAUCCCUGACAUUGUAAGCCAAGGCACAUGUAUCAGCUCCAAACAUGGUUGGCUUCUCCUCCACCCAAAUUCUCACCCCAUGAACAUCAUCAAUGGAGGUUUCUAUUCCCAUAGAAUUUUUCCAUAUCAACCUAGAGUUACAUCUUCAAAAUAUGAACCAAAUACAAGCAUUGUUAAUAACAAGUGUACACUAAGACUGUUACAUCCAGUCUCAGGAACAGUCAUAGAUUUGCCUGAAAUACAAGAAGAGGACUGCAAUGUAGUAGUCGGUCCUGCAAUCAUCGGCGCAGUAUCGGAAUUGACCGGCAAACCAGAGCUGAUCAUACAAGCAAGUUUCCGGGGACACAAGGGAAUAGUACUGAGAAUAACUAGAGCUGGGCAGAGUCAAUGGGAAGAACAUAGAUUUCAGCAUUGUUUUGGUUGGGAGACUAGAGUUGCAAGAGUGGCAAUGCAUGGGAGUACAAGAGUUUGUUGUUUUGAUCCAAAAGGGAGGAUGUGUGUGUUUGAAAUGGAAGAUAAGAGUUGGUUGAUAUUCCCUGAGUUGUGUAAUUCAAGGUCAGGGUUUGUUGUGGAGUGUGAAGAUGAGGUUGUGAAGGUGGCACCAUUGCCUCCAUCUGUGCAUGGAAAUCAAGAGAGGUAUAUGUUUUAUAAGCUUGGUUUGGAUGAGAAUGGAGUUAUUGGUUGGGUGGAGAUGGAGAGGGUGGGAUUGGAGAAUAAGUGGUGGUUUCUUGAUAUAAAUGGGGAGUCAUAUUGUGUGAAGGGAGUUGGGAGGAAGGUGUUUCAGUUAUUUGGACAUUAUGGGAUGGUGAGGAAUGGUGGUGGGCGUGUGAGGUUUGGAACAAGAAUUGUGAGUGAGGUUGGAAUUCCACUGUCUGUUUUGGAUUUGGAUGAUGGAGUUCCACAAGAGUUGAUGCCUGAGCUUGCUCUUAAGGACUGUAAGCUUGGAUGGAUCCUUAUGGAUUUCCCUGUUUCUGUUUGAUCUCUUUUAUCAGUUUUAUUACUUAUUUCCUUUUGGAAUGUUGGUGUUUUGUUAAUAUGUUGUUAGAAUGAUAUAUACAUUAUUU